UAGAUCCAGGCCCAGAUGGAAGGGCAUUUCCGGAAUCUGCCCUCAUCUAGGGUUUUAUUCCCCAGUGCUAUAAAGCCUCUUCCCCCCUCCCGCCGCAGUUUCUUCUUCCUCUGGGAUCGUUGCAAGCCACCACCGCCGUCGCGAGAAGACCUCGGCGACCCCCUCACCGCCAGGAAGAUGCCGAAGCAGAUCCAUGAGAUCAAGGACUUCCUCCUCACCGCGAGGAGGAAGGAUGCCCGGUCUGUGAAGAUCAAGAGGAGCAAAGAUGUCGUCAAGUUCAAGGUCCGCUGCUCCAGGUACUUGUACACCCUCUGCGUCUUCGACGCUGAGAAGGCAAACAAGUUGAAGCAGUCUCUCCCACCAGGUUUGACCGUCCAGGAGGUCUGAAUAUACAAGCCGACAUCUUGAUGAAGUACCAAAGUUGCCUUCUCGUUGGCAGAGCCUAUGCUCUUAUGUCUUCUCUAGAACUUUUGGACCCUAAGCAAUUAGACAUGUCAGCAUGGAUAUUUGAAUUACCAUAAUGUGGAAAAUGCUCCUUUUUUGUCACUCUGCCCUGUGUUUCAGCUUGUCUCUUGUAUUGUAUGACGAGGGUGUUACAUCUCUGCGUCGCAAUCUUUCAUGGCAUCUGAAACUGCAACGUUUGUUGAUGUAUGCAUCUGAUGUUUCACAAGUUAACCUUAAACUGAACUUUGUUCGA